AUGGCGAGUCUAGGGUUACGGCUAAAGGCGGUGACAUGGGCGUUGAGGAACGGAGCAGCUACUGUUUCGAGGGGUAGGUCGUGGGAAAUGGGGAAGGCAUGUCGUCGAUUCUCUUCCGAAUCAGAAAACGAUGUUCCAACUUCAGGAAUCAGUAGACCACUCUCUGAGAUUCUCAAGGAACUUAACAAAAAGGUUCCAGAUUCCGUAAUCCGAACCCGAGUCGAAGAUGGGUUCUCCAUGAAAUACAUCCCCUGGCACAUUGUUAAUCGGAUCAUGAAUCUGCAUGCUCCAGAAUGGUCAGGAGAAGUUCGAAGUGUCACUUACUCUCCUGAUGGUAACACUGUCACUGUGGCUUAUCGUGUGACUCUCUACGGCACUGAUGCUGAGAUAUUUAGGGAAUCAACAGGCACCACUUCGGUAGAUGAUAAAGGCUAUGGUGAUGCUGUGCAAAAGGCUGAAGCAAUGGCGUUUCGCCGUGCCUGUGCAAGACUUGGAUUAGGGCUUCAUCUUUAUCACGAAGAUGCUCUGUAA